AUGGCUAAGACAGUCAAACAAGCCAAGCUUCCACCAGGCCCUCCAAGGCUUCCAAUCAUAGGCAACUUGCACCAGCUAGGCAAAUUGCCUCACCAAUCCCUGUUGCAACUCUCUCGAAAAUAUGGUCCAGUCAUGCUAUUAAAACUUUGUAACACCCCAACCGUAGUCAUCUCAUCCGCGAACAUGGCCAAAGAAGUCUUGAAAACACACGAUAUUGACUUUUGCAGUCGACCAUCCUCACCUGGUACAAAGAGACUUACUUACAAUUUCUUAGAUGUGGCUUUCACGCCGUAUAGUAAUCAGUGGCAAUCUACGAACAGACUCUUUGUUUCUGAACUUUUUAAUUCUAAACGUGCUAAAUUAUUUUGGCAUGCAAGAGAAGUCGAAAUUGAUAAUCUGAUAAACUCUCUAUUGAUAGACUCACCUAGUCCUGUGAAUCUUGACCAGAAAUUCUAUGCUUUGGUGGAUGGAGUCCUUUGCUCAGUUGCUUUUGGUAAAAGCUAUAGAGGAAAGCAAUUUAAGGGUCAAACUUUGGAAGAUGUUCUUGUUGAAACCAGUAAGAUAUUGAGUAGUCUCUCGGCCGAGGACUUCUUUCCGUGGAUUGGAUGGAUCAUAGAUAUCAUUACUGGGUACCAAGCAAGGAUAGAUAAGUGUUUCAAUAACCUUGAUGAUUACUUUCAAAUGGUGCUUGAAGAGCAUCUUUAUCAGGACAUGCCAAAAGGCGAUUGUGACGACCUCGUUACUUCACUGAUUAGAUUAUCAAAAGAUGAAACUAGCGCUUUCUGUCUGACAAACAACCAUAUCAAGGCAAUUCUCAUGGUAAAACUCCUACUGAUUAGUUCUUCUAACUAUAUGCAUUUAUUUAGCAAACUAGUUAAGCUUCAUAAAUUUAUUUUAUUUUUUCUACAUUUAUGUUUUGACGUUCAUAUUCUACUAUUCUCAAAAUACUUGAUCAAAUUUCAGAAUACAUUUCUUGGAGGAACUGAUUCGAGUGCGGCCACAAUUGUGUGGGCAAUGACCGAAAUUGUUAAGAACCCUCGGGUAAUGCAAAAGCUGCAAACCGAAGUUAGAGGCUGCGUUGGAAGGAAACAAAAAGUUGAAGCAGCCGAUCUUGAUAAGCUAAAAUACUUAAAGAUGGUGGUGAAAGAAAGCCUAAGGAUGCACCCAGUUGCCCCCUUAUUGAUCCCACACACGAGUAUGCGCCAUUGUAAGAUUGGUGGUAGCAAUGGGUACGAUAUUUACCCCGGAACAAGGGUUUUAAUUAAUGCGUGGGCUAUAGGUAGAGAUCCAAAUAGUUGGAAGAACCCAGAUGAAUUCUACCCUGAGAGGUUUGAAAAUAAUGAUAUCGAUUAUAAAGGGCAACAUUUUGAGCUACUGCCAUUUGGGUCUGGUCGAAGAAUGUGUCCUGGAUUAAACAUGGCCAUUGCUACUAUAGAGUUCACGCUGGCUAAUCUUUUCUACUGUUUUGAUUGGGAAUUGCCUAAUGGUAUGAAAACAGAAGAUAUCAACAUGGAAGAGAAAAAUGGUAUUACCACGCCGAAGAAAACACCCCUUUGUCUUGUGCCUAUCAAGUAUAAUUGGGAAAAAUAA